GGAGGGCGGCCAUUACACAGCGAGUUUCCCUAGGAAGGUCGGGGGGAAUAGGGAACUAGCUAGCCAAAUUGUUAUGACGGCCAAUCCCUGUAUUUAAAUUAUGUAAUUACGCUGAAAUUGCCUGUUUAAGUGUCACUUCGUACCAGACAGCCUGUCUUUGUUAAUUUUGUGAGGUAUUCUGUUUUAUGUAGAGCUGUUAUUCGCAAGCUAGCAGCGCAGCAUUUAUUUAGCUUCUAGCAAGCUAGCCAACGUUAGCUCCGAGCUAGACGCCGAAAACCCGGCUCUUGCGUCUCUCCGAGGGAAAUUAUACAGCUGAAUAUCGAGCGGAGACGGUACCUAAAUAUAACCAGUGCAGCCUACGCAUUAACGGAAAACAAAGUGAAAACAGUAUCUUAAAAUUUGGUCACGUUCAAAAUGGACGAUAAAACAUUUACCAAGGAAUUAGAUCAAUGGGUUGAACAACUCAAUGAGUGUAAGCAGCUCUCGGAAAACCAAGUGAGGACGCUCUGCGAAAAGGCAAAAGAGAUCCUCACAAAGGAGUCAAAUGUGCAGGAGGUGCGCUGUCCAGUCACAGUCUGCGGAGAUGUGCACGGCCAGUUUCAUGACCUCAUGGAGCUCUUCAGAAUCGGGGGCAAGUCACCAGAUACCAACUACCUGUUCAUGGGGGAUUACGUGGACAGAGGCUACUACUCAGUGGAGACAGUCACGCUGCUCGUAGCAUUAAAGGUCCGAUUCCCAGAGCGCAUCACGAUACUGCGGGGGAACCACGAGAGCAGACAGAUCACACAGGUCUAUGGCUUCUACGACGAGUGCCUGAGGAAAUAUGGCAACGCCAACGUGUGGAAGUACUUUACAGACCUCUUUGACUACUUGCCCCUGACUGCUCUGGUUGAUGGACAGAUCUUCUGCCUGCACGGUGGGCUCUCCCCAUCAAUAGACACACUGGAUCACAUCCGGGCCCUUGAUCGCCUACAGGAAGUACCACAUGAGGGACCAAUGUGUGACCUACUGUGGUCUGAUCCUGAUGACCGCGGAGGCUGGGGGAUUUCUCCGCGAGGUGCUGGUUACACCUUCGGACAGGACAUUUCUGAAACCUUCAACCACGCCAAUGGUCUUACUCUGGUGUCACGAGCUCACCAGUUAGUCAUGGAGGGCUACAACUGGUGUCACGAUAGAAACGUGGUCACCAUUUUCAGUGCGCCAAACUACUGCUAUCGCUGUGGCAAUCAAGCUGCCAUCAUGGAACUGGAUGAUACUCUUAAAUAUUCCUUCCUUCAGUUUGACCCUGCUCCUCGACGCGGAGAGCCCCAUGUCACCCGCCGUACCCCUGACUACUUCUUAUAAACACGCGCUGGCCUGACGAGGGGGGAGCAAAGAGGAGAAUCCUGAAGCAAGCAACAAAGAGACAAAAAUCCCAGUGGUUGCUCGUCUGCGUGUAUAUAUGCACACACAGUGCUGUAUGUCUGUAUAUGUACAUGUGCACGGGGUCUGUUACGACGUGAAAGCACUAACAUGGACCAAAAUGUGCCAUAUAAGCAUUUGAUGCCGAAAAAAAAUUGCCCUGUGUCUAAGUACUUUAACACAGUGUCCCAUUUUAGCCUCUAGUGCAAUUGCCUGCUGUAUACUAUUGAUGGAAAAGUUCUCUCUGUUCUUGAAAUGUACAUUACUCUGAGCAA